AUGGGGGACAACAGAUCUCCCAAGGAUCUCCUGUUGAUAACGAGGCCCAUUGAGGUUACCACGAAUGGUGAUGAGUUUGAAGCACAUGGAUUUAGUUACAUGUUUAUGGCUGUUUUGUUUAUAGGCCCAUUCAUUAAAAAGCCAAUAUACUCCGUCACAUGGACUGAAGACACAGUUGUUUCUGAUGACCAGUCAGUCAUGUGGACUGAUGACAAUGUUGUUUCUGAUGACAAGUCUGUCAUGUGGACUGAAGACACGGUUGUUUCUGAUGACAAGUCCGUCACAUGGAUUGAUGACAAUGUUGUUUCUGAUGACAAGUCCGUCACAUGGAUUGAUGACAAUGUUAUUUCUGAUGACAAGUCCGUCAUGUGGACUGAUGACAAUGGUGUUUCUGAUGACAAGUCCGGCACAUGGACUGAUGACAAUGUUGUUUCUGAUGACAGUGGUGUUUCUGAUGACAAGUCAGUAAUGUGGACUGAUGACAAUGUUGUUUCUGAUGACAAGUCCUUCAUGUGGACUGAUGGCAAUGUUGUUUCUGAUGACAAUGGUGUUUCUGAUGACAAAUUCGUCACAUGGAUUGAUGACAAUGUUGUUUCUGAUGACAAGUCCGUCACGUGGACUGAUGACAAUGUUGUUUCUGAUGACAAUGGUGUUUCUGAUGACAAGUCCGUCAUGUGGACUGAAGACACAGUUGUUUCUGAUGACAAGUCCGUCACAUGGACUGAUGACAAUGUUGUUUCUGAUGACAGUGGUGUUUCUGAUGACAACAACGCCACCCAGAAGACUGUGUCCGAAGCGAGUGUAUGUUCUAUGAGAAUCACUGACGACAAUGGCCGGGAGAAACACGUCUUCAGAUGCUGCCGAGUGUCGUCUGUUGACCACGUAACCUGCUAUCUAGUUGCACACGACAUUUGGAUAUUAAUUUUCCAGUUUGCAAUAACUACUCUUUCUAUUAUUCUCACUCUAUACUUUCCAUUAUUGAUACCUAAAAGCUUAAAUGUUGACGUGUUUACAUAUAUUCCUGGAACUUCGAAAUUCAUAAAUAUUAUGACAACGCGAAACCCUGAGUUUAAAAAUUUGACGCCGAGAACUUUAUUAGUUCCAUACAAGAAAUGUCAGGCGAUGGAUACAUUUCGUACGCUUAUAUCUGAAAUACCGAGAGACGUCGUGUACACGUUUCAAAUUAAGAGAAUCGAUUUCCAAGCAGGCUUUGAUCGCUUUAUAGCUGAAAAUGAACCGCCAUUUGGGGUCUUUCGCACACUGUUUGAUUGUUUGAUCAAGUUUAAAUUACGCCACAGUGACCCUUUUGAAGAUUGCUGCACGAGCAGGAUUUGUGGUCAGUGUAGUUGCCGCGCAUGCCCAGAGUGGCAGGAUGUUCUAAGGGCAGUCCGGACUAUCACCAUCUUCGCGGUCCUUGCUUUACCGGCUGUCCCAAGGUUGUAUUACCUCUGCACGCCCCACCUUCAUCACCCCGAGGAAGUCAACAUAAUGGACGAGGCUGGCCAUAUUGACGACCAUACCAACAGCACUACUGGUACUGCCAUCGCCACUGUGUUAAGCGCCGUUUAUGUCCUACACGUCGUAAUCGUCGUUGUUGACGGAAUAUUUGACAGAAACCUGGCCAGACUAAUCGCCCACCGCGUCCUGAGGAUCCUAUUAGGAACAUGUCAGCGAGAGCGUAAGGGUCAGGAAGAGGUAGGUGGACGGACAUUUGAAGUAGCCUUCAUUGUUACAAUAUUUGCUGUGUUCGUGGUGCUUGCAAUUGGUUUCAACUUCUUGUUGCAUGCAGCCAGUGUGGUCAUAAUAGACAUGCUCGUCAACAUUCAACUCACGAUGCGGAUCCUGCCUGUCGUGAUUCUUCCUGUCUUCUACAUCCGGGACACUUUCGGUCACGUGAGCUCCGAGUACCUGUCCUACCAUAACAUCAUCCUGGGGCUCAUCAUGGCUGACAAGAUGGAGGCAGCUCGGGAUGUCGCGAAGAACAGCCCACAGAACCGGGAAAAUAUUGUAUUUGAAGUCUGUACCCAAGAGGACGAACAUUGCUUCUUAGGGCCUACUUUCUUGUUAAAAGGCGGCGACUUACGUAUGAAUACCAGGAGUUUGGGAUUGCUUCUUCACAAGGACGACACGCCCUAUUUGUCGAAGAAAUUCUUCCAUCAGGCGACAGGUAUUGACUGUCGUGGAGCGCCAGGGCACAUUUCACAUUCCGUCAUAAAAGCAAUAUUUGAACUUAGUCGAGUAUUUCUAUUCUUGUUCUGUCUCCUCAUAAUCGUUAUGGCGUACGGCGAUAUCGGCUUCAUCUCUCCAGAGGGUCGAUUCUUUGCUACCUUUGCUUGCGGCUUGAUACCAUUCGCACUUAAAGAAUUUUUCUUUCUAAAAAAAACCACCGUCUCCAUUAUUGAUGUUAAGAAUCUGCGGUUCACCACGCAAUUUGACGACCUACAGAACACUUUCCGGCAGGCAUGGCCCGUGCACGACAUUAUUCCCGUGGCAGAUGUAGACAGGGCGAGACCUACAGUUAUCUCCCCUUCCGGAAGUGAUGGAUCUGCGUCCACGUCGAAUGUGCCGGUAGUAGAGAGCGAGACACAAAUUACUGCUCAUAAGGAAAUUGAUCUCAUUGUGGAUCUCACAGGUGUUAAAUUUGCAGAUUAUGGAUCCGUGUAGGAAGAGUCUUUAGAAGAAUUGGUGAUUCUUUUAUGUUACAUGUGUCAUUUCAGUGCAUGGCUAAUUAGCCAUAAAUUAAAUUGGUACCAAUUUGAAUCCAUAUUUGAACUACUUUCGUUCAGGGGACUAUAUUAUGACGCAACACAUGCUGCUGUGUCUGCUUUUGUUGGUAUGUUAAGUUGAA